UACCCUUAGCCUUUUUAAUAUUGGUUGAUCUUUUCGUUAGUUAAUAUUUGUCCUGACUAACAUUCCAUAAGCGGAAACCGGAUUGAAUCGGAAUUAUGGCUAAGAUUUUUUUUUUUUAACUAGAGAAUACAAUGUUAUAAAAUUGAAGACAACGGUUAGUGGCUUAAGAUACUUCGGGCAUAAUUCUAUUGUUAUUUGUUGUUAUCUAAAACGAAACUGUACCGAUGAAAAUAGUAUAAAUGAACGUUGAAAUUCUAAAGCAAACUGAUAAUAGAUAGGCGUGGGUUCAACAAAUGUAUAUCUCUAAUGUUCAGCGUGAUAAAGGCAUCCUAUAUAGAAAUGCUGUCACACAUUAUCAACAGUGACUGCCUUGCGCUACUGUAUCGCCAAGUUAUUAGUUUGCAAUCUACAAAACUUAUAGAAUGUUCUCGUCAUAACUAUAGAUUUUUUUUUUUUUAAUAUGCCUAUUAUUUUAAAACUGUUUAGCUAAACACGCAAAAAUGAAUAAAUUCGUUUCGAUAGUAUUAGGAUUAUGUGUUGUUGACGUUUGGGGUUUUGAUCCUUUGGAAUCCAAGUACGGACAGCUCGUGUUUUCUUCCGUGAUUUACAGACAUGGAGAUCGAGCGAUUUAUGGUUCUUAUGCAAAUGACAUUUGGGCUGACGAAAAGUAUUGGCCGAUGGGUUUCGGACAACUAACUGAUAUCGGCAUUAAUCAACAUUUGGAAUUGGGAAAAUGGCUGAAAGAACGUUAUAGCGAUUUUCUACCUGACCGGUAUUCACCCGAAGACAUAUACGUGCGGUGUACCGAUGUCGAUAGGACCAUAGUCAGUGCCUUGGCAAACCUGAAGGGCAUGUAUCCGCCUAUUCAAGGACAAGAAGGUCGAGCGGAAAACUUUAGUCAAAUUGUUCCCGUGCACACAGUAGCCGAGGGACAGGAUAAACUGUAUUCUCUGGAUUCUUGUCCCAGGUACGACGAAGAAAUGCUAAAGCUACAUAACGAUGUUGAUCUACAUAAGUUUUAUCGUCAAUACGAUGGCGUUUUCCAGUACAUCAGACAAAAAUCGGGACUUUUGUUGUAUACAAAUUUUGUAGAAUCCAACAUCACCAACAUGCUGUACGAUGCACUUUUAAUAGAGUCUUUAUACAACUAUACACUGCCAGAAUGGACUAAACAAAUUUAUCCAGAGCCAUUGGAGACAAUUGUUAUCAAAAAUUUCGAAUUGAGUACAUAUAAUACUGUGUUGAAAAAGCUAAGAUCGGGCCCUUUACUUAAAGAAAUCGUGACGCAUAUGUAUGAAAAGGCAAACGGUAUGUUGACUCCGGAUAGAAAACUAUGGGUUUAUUCGAAUCACGACUUCAUUAUUGCAAGCUUACUCAACACAAUGAACAUCUAUAACCAUCAACUUGUACCAUACGCCGCAUGUGUCAUGAUAGAACUAAGGCGCAACUCGAAUUACAAUUAUGUCGUCAUUGUAUCCUACCGGAAUGACACACAACGCCGACCGUAUUUGCUGCACGUGCCCGGUUGCGAUGCAGUGGACUGUGAUUUGCAUACCUUUAUAGAUGUGCUGACUCCCGUCUUGUCAGUGGACAGGGAUUUCGAAUGUUUUCCCGAACACGCCAGUGACUUUUUAGAACUAUGGUUUUAUUUUUCGACUGUUAUUUUGAUCGCAGUUGUCUUGACAUUGUUUUCUUACAUGGCGUCCGAUAAAAUAGCGUUUUGUUUUAAAAGGAGAACCGACUAUAUAACUUGUUGAUUCUGUCAUAGUGUCAAAUAGUUAAAGAAAAGAAUAGCAUUCAUUACGAUCCGGACAUUGACGGACAAUUACUAAUUAUUAAAAUAAGUAUAAGUAUUGUAAAAAUGUCUAAAAUAAAGGAGAAAAAAAAAGUAUUAUAAAUACAUAUUUUAUAAAUUGAUUCGUUUUUAGUUAUAUUUUUUUAUACACCGCUUUAGUUUUCAUACUUUAUUUAUUUAUUUUUAUUUUUUAUUAUUAAUACCCGCAGCAUCUGAGGCUAUUGGGUCACAGGUUUAAUUACAUUUGGAUUACAAGGAUACAAUAAAAUUAGUUAUAGCUAUUUACUACUUUAUUUGUUAAACAGAAAACUAUAUAUUUAAUGUAAUUAAUAGUUAAAGAAAAAAAUAAAACUUGGGGUUUUCAAUUAUUACUAACGUUAAUUUUUGUAUGUGUUAUUAAAAACUAGUUGUAUUUUUCAUACAUAUUUUUUAUGUUCGUUAUUAUAUUUUCUACUAAUUUUCGCUAGCCUAGAUAUUUAUAAUAAUACAUUAGUCCAUUAGGUUUUCUGGUUUAUGUUAUUCUCGUUUAUUGAAUUUGAUGCAUUGUUUUGUAUUUGCAAAUUAUAAUUAUUAUUGUUACUUUUGCUUACCGAAAUAAAAUAAUAUUAUUUCGCUCAUUGCUUGUUGUUGUCUAUUUUCAAUUUACUAUUAUAAUUAUUAUUACUACCGAGGCAGUUAGUUAAACGCCAUUAGUCUUCUUCUCGCCAUACCACUUUGUUGCUUAAAAUCUGUUUUCCGAGUCCAGCUAUAUUGAUUUUUUACACAAUAACUUGUUGUUGUUUCAUUAUUCUAGAUUAUAUUCAACCAUAUUUUAUAUUUUACUAUACUUUUUAGUUAUUUUUCCAUACAUUUUGUCAUUACCAUUAUUAUUGUUUUUUAAAAAUAUAUGUUCAAAUCAAACUUAUUAAAUUACUAGGCUUUUCUUGGGAUAAUCUUUAAUUUAUAAAUAGAAGUACUAGUUUUUAUACUUCUUAGUGUACCUAUAUAUAUUUCUGUGGCUUGGAGCAAGAAGUGCCAAUGUUAAUUUUGUGCAUAAACGAGUUAGUCCGCUAAUUGCAAAAUUUGAAUCAUUCUUUAUAUACUGUGAAAAAAUCACACUCUAAAACCAAAAAAUGAAUUACUCAUGAAGAGUUUGAUAAAAAAAUUAACAUAGAGCUUAAUGGAAAAUAAAAACUUCAAAGCUCAUUUUCCGAAAGUUGCAAAAAGUGACAUUGGCCCUUCUUGCUCCAAGCCACAUU